GAGGCUCAGAGGCGCGGCGGGGUGGAAGCGGCUUUUCUGUGCGUCGCGGUGGCAACGCGCGGGGCGGUUUCCGGAGGCGGUGGCCGAGGUGGGCGGGGCUAGACCGGAGGUGCAGGUGGGAGACAGCCACCUGGGAUCUUCACUCGGCCAACAGAUCAGCAGGAGCAGGGCCCGGUCUCAGAGUUCAGGGUGAAGGUCCUUUGGAAACUUCAGCGCCUGCAAGACUCUUUCACAUCUGGGGCUGGAAGCAACGGAACGAAAGGCGGAUGGUCCUCUGUUGCUGGGGCGGACCUGGGCUCAAUUUGUCCGUUCUUGCAAGAUUCCCCCAGGGCUGGGAACUAGACGUGUAGCCCUCUCAGGUUCUCCGGCACCAUAGUGGUCGUCACUGGCCCAAGUUAGAGGCCGACUGAGAAAUCUUCGUGCCUCAGACUUGUUGAACUACAGAAUGCUUCGAUACCCAUAUUUUUGUAGAAUAUUUAGAGAAUAUUUUCCAUGCUGGUUGAAAUCUGGCAUACAUAAUUUAGGUGUUUGGCCAAAAAAAAUUCAUACUACAGCAGAAAGAUAUAAUGAAAAUGAAACCCAGGAGCAAACAGAUCUAACUGGAGAUCAGGAGUUACAGAGAUCUCAAGAUAUAGAUUCUGAAGCCAUGGCCAAAUUACAUAUUCCAGUAAUGGUGGAUGAAGUUGUUCAUUGCUUGGCACCAGAAAAAGGGCAGGUUUUUCUAGAUAUGACAUUUGGUUCAGGAGGCCACACAAGAGCCAUUCUGCAGAAGGAAUCAGAUAUUACUCUGUAUGCCUUAGACAGAGACCCAACAGCUUAUGCCAUAGCUGAACAUCUUUCAGAAUUAUAUCCUAAGCAGAUCCGAGCUAUGCUAGGCCAGUUCAGCCAGGCAGAAGACUUAUUAAUGAAAGCCGGAGUGCAGCCAGGGACUUUGAAUGGAGUUCUUUUGGAUCUUGGGUGUUCCUCCAUGCAACUUGAUGCUCCUGAAAGAGGUUUUUCCCUUCGGAAGGAUGGCCCCUUGGACAUGAGGAUGGAUGGUGGCAGGUACCCAGACAUGCCCACUGCUGCUGACGUUGUGAAUGCUUUAGAUCAACAGGCACUUGCAUCCAUCCUAAGAGCAUACGGGGAGGAGAAGCAUGCCAAGAAAAUUGCUUCAGCAAUCGUUCAAGCACGUAGCAUAUACCCCAUCACAAGAACCCAGCAACUUGCCAGCAUUGUUGCAGGUGCAUUUCCUCCCUCUGCUAUUUAUGCACGAAAAGACUUGCUACAAAGAUCUACCCAUAUUGCUACCAAGACUUUCCAAGCUCUUAGAAUAUUCGUAAAUAAUGAGCUCAACGAACUCCACAUGGGACUGAAGACAGCUCAGAAGUUUCUGAAACCUGGUGGUCGCCUUGUUGCCCUUUCCUUUCAUUCAUUAGAGGAUCGAAUUGUCAAAAGGUUUUUGCUUGGGAUAAGCAUGACAGAAAAGUUUAACUUAAGUGUUAGACAGAAGGUAAUACAAACAUCCCAGUUGAGUUCAUAUCAUGCAAAUAAGGAAGGAAGCUCUAUAAGAGCUCCUUUAAUGUGGGAAUUGAUACAUAAGAAAGUGCUUACUCCAGAAGAUUGGGAUGUACAAAAUAACCCCAGAGGUCGCUCAGCCAAGCUUAGAGCAGCUAUGAAAUUAUGAGAUCUGAUUUUCAAUUUUUCCCUCAGUUUCUUUAAUUUAUUUGUCUAUGUGAUGAAUAGGUUAAUACCUCCAGCUUAAAGCAUAGGACAGCCUUGAAAUUUAUUUAAAAUUAUUUUCUUCUCAAAAAAAACUGUAGGAAGUUUUAACGUAACAUACAAAGCUCAACUCAGAGCAGCAGCAUCUCGGGGCUGGAAAAAAUGUGUUUAUCUUGCAUUAUAUUUGACUUCUGAAAUUCAAUUCUUUCUCUGAGCAGGAAAUUUUUUUAAAAAACAUUAUGUUUAUCUAAAUAUGUAAACUCCAACUGUAAAAGACAAAGAGAUUAUAAUCUCUCUGCAUGCCCUAAAUUCUGAAUUUAGAUAUUAAAAUUUAUAACAGACUUUCUGUGGCUCAAAUAAUUAAUGAUAAUAUGGAAUGAAUUUUAAUUUCCAUAUUGGUAAAUAAUUAAUUACUGUAGCUUUCUAAAAGUAGCCUUUUUACAAGUUUUAAUUUUCAAAUAUUAUUUUAAUAUGGCAUUAUACUGACGGAUUUCACUAUUGAAAUUUAUAGUUCAUUGCUUUAAAAGGAUUUUUUCAGAGUGAUAUGUGCUAAUUUUCAUAAAUUCCAAAAUAAAAGUGUAGAAUUUCCCUAACUGCUAUGACAGAGAAGUGUUUCACAGAAUUUAUAUUCGAUAUCAAUUAUAUCUAUUUUAAUAACUCAGAAUUACUAUUAGUAAAUAAUACAAACUUGUUUGAAUUCUGCAUUUUUAUUGAACUAUUAAAAAAAUUCAGUAGAGCUAUUUGAAGUAAGAAACUGUCUGAUUUAUUCAAUAUAUUAAAAUUAAUGCUCCCUUAAUGUUUCUACCUAGACAUAGAAACUAUAAUAAGGAUAAAAAGUUUUUUCAGGAAAAUUGCACUUGGUGGAGUAUUCUAUAACAAAUUGAUAAGAUUGAUUCAUAAUUCACAUGUCAUUUUUUAUUAGUAAAUAUGCACUUUAAUUUAUUCAGUUAUUCAGCAAGUACUGAACUUGACAUUAGAAAAACAAAGGUAAGUAUAAUACCCAUGAUCCAUAGUACCUGUUCUGUGAAGCUUGUUGUCUAGUGGACAAGAAUGAUGUUAGUUAAAUAAUCACAAAAGUCAAUAUGAAAUGGACACAGUGAUAAAUGUUACACAGAAGCAUACAAGAAUGAUGUUAGUUAAAUAAUCACAAAAGUCAAUAUGAAAUGGACACAGUGAUAAAUGUCACACAGAAGCAUACAAUAUAAUUUAAAAGUAUCUGGUAGAGAUUUGACCUGUUGGAGGAAACCAGGUCUGAGAAUGUGAUUGAUUGUGACCUGAAAGAUGAACAGGAGAUAAUUAAUCAAAGGGUGUAUGGAGUGGGGUGGGAGGAUGGUGUUUAAAGGUACGUAUAAAUGAGUAUUCUCUUAAGUAAUUCUUGAAAUCAUUAAUUUUCUCAGUAAACUAUUUCUUCAAAUACAGAAAGCAUUCAUACUUUCCAGUAUGAUUACAAAUACUUAAUAGAAAAAUCCAAGUGAAUGAAAUAUCAACAUGACUAUAUUUACCUCAGACUCAUUUUAUUUACCUAUGUAAUAUUUAACUUUACUCCCCAAACUUGUUCACUGCUUUUAUUUUAUAGGCUUUAUUUAAAUCUAAACAAUCCUGCAAUGAAAUCAGGAUUAGAAAAAUAUCUGGGGAAUGUGCUCAAAAUAUAAACAAGAGAAUGCACUUAGGUUAAUUCCCUGAAUCCUACCUGAAGAAUUUUAUGUUUCUCUUCAUGUGUAAAAUAUAUUUGUAAAUGAAAAAGAUUGACAAUAGUAACUUCCCAUAUGAGUAUCUGAUUAGAAAAUAAAAGACUAAACUCUUAUAUUAAAAAAUGAUUCACCUAUUUCAUUAAUCAUUUUUACAUCCUGUAUAAUAUGGAGAAUUUUUUCAUUGAUAUCAAGUUAAAACUGAUUGCACUGGAUUGGAUAGUGUUGUCCUAAUAUUCAUCUGCUUCCUUAUUUGGAAAUACCAUCAUUUCAGAUAUGAGUAGUUAAGAUGAUGUCAUACUGGAGCAGGGAUGGCCUUUAAUCCAAUGUGACUUAUGUCCUUAUAAGAAGAGCAGAGACACAAGUGAAAGUGACCUGAAGGUGGAAGCAGAAAUUGGAGUAAUAAGUCUAUAAGCUAAGGUAUACUCAGUAUUGUUGGCAACCACUAGAAGAUAAGAGAAAAGCAAGAAACAAAUUCUCCCUCAGACUCUCCAGCAAGAACCUACCCUGCAGACAUCUUGGUUUUGGGGCUUCUAGCCUCUAAAACAGUUAAAAAAUACAUUUCUACUGUUUUAAGCUACCCAGUUUCUGGUAAUAUGUUACAGCAAAACCUAAGAAACUAAUACUCUGACAGAUCAAAAUCUUGAGUAAUAUGAUGAGAAAAAUACUUCUCCAAUACACACCAAAUCGGUUUCAAAAUAUUUUAGUGCAAAAUAUAUUAAAUGUUUUGUUAUUAGGCUUUGUUGUAAAAUGCAUAAUAAAAUAUGUGAAUGAGUUUUAAUUAUGGAGGAUGGCUUUGGGAAAUUCAAACAAUACACAGAGAAAAUAAAAAUUGAUUAUUAGGAUGAAUAUGCAACACUUUUCUAAUAAAAUAUUUCUGAAUCUCUA